GGCAUAAUCGUCGCAAUCGUCGAGACGUCAUCAGCCAUCAGCCUUGCCAUUGAGCCGAAAUUACUUUUAUUAUUACAAUUUUAUUCGAUUUCAGAGACGACAAAUCGCACUCUCGUCUUCGCGGGGAAGUUAAAUCUUUUUGCGUUUCCCCGCUCGCAAGUGUAAUCAGUGUUUUAACUUUUAACAGUGAGAUUUGCUCCAGCAAUCGAUUAGUGGACCGUCAGUGUUUUUGGCAGGAUCAUAACAGUGGACCCUAAAAUCGUAAUUAGAAAACCAGAAGCGUCUGGUACCUAUAUUAGUGUACGGUAGCGAAGGAUUUGAGGGUUCUUUAGUUUUUUGGGUGACAACAUCGACGUCGAAGACGGCACGAACCGAGCGUAGAGACACUCCUCUUGCUGAGACAUCACAAAUAAUGGCUGAAAUACGGGCAAUGGAGCACCCCACUUUGAAGGUGCCAUACGAAAUACUUAAUAAAAAGUUUCGCAACACACAGAAAACGCUCGACAGAGAGCUCAACCAGUUCCAGAACAUCACCACAGAGCUCGAUAAAGGUCUUGCGGAAGGGUCAGCUGAGUCCGUGUCCCUUCUGCUGGGCGGCGUGGUAGAGCGUCUGCAAGUUAUGAAACGUAAAUCCGGAGAAAGCAUCUCGGAAGAACUUUCGGCCGGUUUAGUAUGCAAGCGCCGACUCGAGCACCUGAAACAGAACGUGGCCCCAGCGAGCGAUAGCACCACUCUGGAGCUGCAAGCAGCAGCUACCAACCAGUGGAAAAAGAUCCGCCUCGAUCGAAUGAUUGUGGAGCACUUUCUUCGGUUAGGAUACUACGACACAGCCGAACGGUUAGCCAAUCGCAGUGGCAUCCGAGACCUCACCAAUUUGGACAUUUUUCAAAUCGCCCGCGAGGUCGAACGCGAUUUGGCCAAUCGCAGCACGGCCAAGUGCAUCAACUGGUGCAACGAUAACAAAUCGAAGUUGAAAAAGAUCAUCUCCAACAUUGAGUUUCAGCUUCGCGUACAGGAAUUCGUCGAAUUGAUCCGCGAAGACAAACGCAAGAUGGCGGUUAUACAUUCGCGGAAAUUUUUCCCCGCCUUCGAGCACGAACAGCUGAACGAAAUUCAAAAAUAUUCCGCCUUGCUGGUGUACCCCGUCAACACCGAAAUCGAACCGUACAAAACCCUGUUCGAUCCGCAGCGCUGGGACGAUCUGGUAGUGCACUUCCGACUGGAGAACUACAGACUGUUCCAGCUCCCGUCGCAGCCGAUGCUGAGCGUGGCCGUGCAGGCUGGUAUUUCGGCCCUCAAGACACCGCAGUGCUACUCGUCCACGUCGAAGAACAUGAACUGCCCGGUGUGCCAGAAAAGUGUGAAUGAAAUUGCCGAGAACCUGCCGUUUUCACACUGCGCCCAGAGUCGGUUAAUUUGCAGAAUAACUGGCAAACCAUUGAAUGAACACAACCUACCCAUGAUGCUGCCGAACGGGCAGAUCUUCUGCCAACAGGCGAUAGAUCAGAUGCGACAGGACAACGAUACCAUCGUGUGCCCCAUAACGAAUGAAAAGUUCCGCUCGCCAAAGCUCGAGAAAGUGUUUUUCAUGUAGUAGAGCUAUUCCCGAACGGUAUCAACAAAUCAUGUUCAUUACCAUUCGAAAACUGCUGAAAAUAGCAGCUGCUCGACAUUAUAGUCUAAGUGACAGCAUAAUUGAAAUCAAACUUUUAUCGAUACGUAUUAGGUUUCGACUUUCUUGUGAUUGAAUUUUUCUGCUUUUAUUUCUCUUUUCGAAGUUAAUAGACUACUGUCCCAAGUAUUAGCCAUCCGGAGUGGCCAUUAUUUACAAUGUUUCAAAACUCGAUCUGCAUAUGGAAUGCAUAUAGAAGAAUAAUUUUGAAAAAUGUAUUGAAGCAAUCACUACCCUUCAUUAGGACUCGAUUCGAGGAUUCCUUCGCUUGAGCUAUCAAAAAAAGUUAGAAGAUUUUUUUUAGUACGGCGAAUUGUUAGAAAUAAAAUUUAAAAUGUCUUUAAACCGAAAGUAACUUUUUAUUUAAUUAAAAAAUGUUGUUUUGAAUAUUAGAAUUUAUAUAAUCUUUCGAAUAAGAUUUUUAUCAAAUUGCAAUAUUUAAUGCAUCUUUUAAGUAUAUUUUCAAAACUUCGUGGGCUUCGUGGCUGUGGUCUAUGGCCGUUUUUGCGUGGGUUCGAUCUCCAUCCUAGUAAGAAAAAACUUUUCUCCGUCUGUGCGACCUCUGGUCGAAGACCGUAAUCCUGUCUUUUUGAAAUUAGGCCGGGAUGAAAACAUGUAAGUCUACCUCCCAAAGUGGAAGUAGGCAAAGCAAAUUAUUUGAGAACACAUUUUGGGCUAGAUUUUCCCACACAAACACUGCUCGCUCAGAAACCAGGAUAGAAACCAAAAUAAGAAUUCACCUUCUUCAUACAUUCAUGAGCUCGUGGGUUUGAGUUCUACCAAAGGAUAGUGGUUCCCUUGAAUGGAUUUUUUGGAUUAAAUCUUUGACAUGCUGUGAAUACGCGCACCGUGUUUUCAAACAUUGUAAAUAGCGUCCACUUCGGGUGGCUGUCAACCGGGAGAAUAAACACCUGU